CACGAUGUCUGUCUCACACUUUUCUUCAGGCGAAGUAGGUCCAUAAUAUACAAACAGCUGUUGUGAUUAUGUUGUAAAAAAUUGAUGAUUUCGUAAAUGUGAUGCCCGUAUGUUUGAAAAAAAAGUCGGAAAUGUAGUUCUAAGUGAAUUCUGACACGUUAUUUUCAUCUUGUUCGACGCGUACGAUGUGACAAUUCGCUGAGUAAUUUCCAUUUUCGGAUUGAUGAAGUAAAGUUGUGAUUUACUUUCUCUAGUUUUUGAUCACCUGGAUCGGAAUUAUGAAUAAGAAUAAUGAUAAAGAUGUAUCAUACGACUACUACCAUCAAAUCGACCGAAGAAACAUAACGUUGGAAGACAGUUUGAACAUAAUCAAUAAGCAGAAUCAAGAAAUAGCUCGACUAAAAUCCGAGCUAAAUACAGUGAAAACGGAAAGAGAUUUGUUAAUAUGCGAAAACUCAAAGUUAAAAUUCGAACUAGACAUCGUCGACUUGAGACGAAUGUACAGCGAACGGUCUUCGGAAAAAAUCAGACAGAAUUAUAUGAAUGGAUCGGUCGGAGACGGACGAGAUGGUAACGAAGAGUGCAACGAAUACGAUGAAGAAGAACUAAACGGCGAUAUCGAUGACCUUAACGAAGAAGACCUGAAUGACAAUUAUAAAUCAGCGGCUAACUUCACUGAGCCUUAUCAUUACCAAUGGUACAAUGCUCACAGUAAUAACAACAAUAUACGUAAUAACUCGUCCGAAUUCGUGAAUCAUUCGCGAACCGUAAUGAGUUACGAAUUAUCUCAAGACUUACUAGAAAAGCAAAUCGAAAUGAUAGAACGCAAAUAUGGAGGAGCGAAAGCGAGAAACGCUGCCGUAACCAUACAGCGUGCAUUCAGGCGUUACAUGCUUAUAAAAAAGUUCACCGAUAUCACUGCCAUGGCCAAAGGUGAAAAACGAGUUAGCAGACGUAUCGAAAAUACUUCAAAUUCUACCCAUCCUCACGUGGAAUAUUGCGAGCCGAAAAAUUCAUCUUGUGUGCAAGCCAACGUCACACCAAUAAGAUCUCUUUCUAUGAAAGAGAAACGUUUACCGGAGCUAGAAAACGGUACGAAUUCUCUACCUCGUACGUACGCUGGCCGUUGCACAAGUUGUAAUUACUGUUGCGCAAAUGUCUCAACAACAUGUUCGGCCUGCUGUAUGAAUACACCUUCGCCGAUAAACGUUUGCAACAGCUCGUAUUGCUUAAAGGUUCCGCAAAAUCAUUCCGGUUCGGUUGAAGUAUCCAGAACGUAUCAAACGCUCAUGUCGUCGUGCAAUUCCAGCUCUCCUGUCGCAUUCCAGUAUCAUACUGCCUACCAAAAGAAAUACUCCAAUCAGUACUUGUAUUAUAAUGCAUCACAAUACCAUGUGCCUUCAUCGUUAUCUCAGAUGUCAACGCCGAAAAAAGUACCGCCGGAAGUUCCCAAACGAACUUCGUCUAUAUCGUUCAAAUCCAACGAUAGUAAUCAGAGUUUGCUGUCGAAUUCCGAUAUGUCUUUUGGUAAAACUAAACAUAGUGGAAGUAUGUCCAGCGUACAGUCAUCGAGUAGUGAUUCUAGUUCAACGAUGAAUGCUUCACAUUCUUCAUCUAUUAGCAUGUCGAAUUACUCGGGGAGUAUCGGGUCGUGGAAUAAAAAACCUCAAGUUUCUGAAGCGACCAGAAAACGUCAAUACAGAGUUGGACUGAAUUUAUUCAAUAAGAAACCAGAAAAAGGUAUCAGUUAUUUAAUGCAGAACGGUUUCCUCGAUAAUACUCCUCAAGCUGUAGCCAAAUUCCUAAUCGCUAGAAAAGGUCUGAGUAAGCAAAUGAUCGGCGAAUACUUGGGCAAUGUUCAGAACCAGUUCAACAGUGCAGUAUUAGAGUGUUUCGUCAACGAGCUAGAUUUAUCCGGAAUGCAAAUAGACGUUGCUCUUCGUAAAUACCAAACGUACUUCCGAAUGCCAGGCGAAGCACAGAAAAUCGAAAGACUCAUGGAAGUAUUCAGCCAUCGAUAUUGUCGCUGUAACAGAGACGUGAUAUCGAAAUUCCGAUCCUUAGAUACAGUAUUUAUUUUAGCCUUCGCUAUCGUCAUGCUAAACACCGAUUUACACAAACCAUGCAUUAAAGCUGAGAUGAAAAUGACGCUGGAUGGUUUCAUUAAAAAUCUAAGAGGAGUCGACGACGGCUGUGAUAUCGACAGAGAUAUGUUAGUCGGAAUCUACGAACGAAUCAAAGCGAACGAAUUCAAACCCGGAAACGAUCAUGUAUCUCAAGUGAUGAAAGUGCACUCGACCAUAGUUGGAAUUAAAAUGCAGUUGGCGUUACCACAUCGUCGAUUGGUUUGCUACUGUAGACUGUACGAAGUAUUGGAUGUGAAUAAAAAAGAACGGACUGGUUUGCAUCAAAGAGAAGUGUUCCUGUUCAACGAUCUGCUCGUGAUUACGAAAAUACUCAGCAAGAAGAAAAACAACGUUACGUACACGUUCCGCAAAAGCUUAUCGUUAUCCGGAUUACAAGUGUCUACCUUUAAGACGCAACAUUAUCAAUUCGGCAUACAAUUAUCGCAACGAGUCGAUAACGAGGUAUUGAUUACGUUCAACGCUCGCAACGAUCACGAUCGUACGAAAUUCGUCGAAGACAUACGCGAAUCGAUUAUGGAAAUGGAUGCUAUGGAGAAUAUCCGAAUCGAAUUAGAACGCCAGAAAGCCGGUCGAACGAACAGAUGCAACACUAGCAACAGUUCAGAAAAUCGCGACAGCGGCGUAGCUGAUAUCGAAGUAUGCCAGUGUCUUCACGCGUAUCCGACGAUGACUCCUGGUCAAGAGGAACACUCGAACGGCGAUCAAGGUGCCGGUAUGUUGAAGAGGUCCAACUUGAGUAAUUCGUUGCUCGAUAUUCACGAUCAAGACGAUAACCGAAGAAAACGAAGCGGAAGCGUGGGUUCGCUCGAUUUAGGCAUUCGAUGGAGAUCGAACCCGCUUUUAUUUAUUAAAUUCGGUAGAAAGAAACCGAGACCGAGAUCGGCAGCUGGUUUAAAACCUUAACAUCACCUUCGCGACGCCGCGCCGCCUGCUGCACGAAUAUUAUGCAAUUUCUUGCCAUCACGUUUUCUCUAUCUCCAAAGCUAUUAACCGGUGUAUGGUUGAAAUCAAAGGGUUCUAGUUUUAUUAAAUCUAGUGUUAGUUUUUAGCUUCUUUUUCUUUUUUUUUUUGUUUGUUCGUUCGUUCGGUUUUAUGUAGAGAUUUUUAAUAUUUUUCACACGUUGAUUGUUUUUUUUUUAUUUUUAUUUGACAGGGUUUUUUUUUAAUUUGUAAUUUUAUUUCUGUGGAGUGAAUGAGUUUUUUUUAUUUUUAAUUUUUCGCUACGUGUGGUGUACUAAUUUUGAUUUUUUUAAUUUUCGUGACGAUGGUUUAAGGGUGAAGAUGGGAGGGGUGAGGUUUGGUGGGGUGGAUUUGGCUCGGGUUUCGUGGAUGGUGAUGGAUGAACUAACAAAUCAAAGAGAAUAAUUGUGAAAUAAAGUUGCAUUUAUUUUGUCGAUUCUUCGAGAUGAUGAUUUUUUCCUCAAACAAUAAUGGGGGUGUUUGAAGAUUAAAUCAAGAUGAUUAUUUUCUUUCAAAGCUUUUCUGUCAGAAUAUUAAUAAUUAGAAACAUUUUUUUUUUGUAUUGAUAAUACUGUCCCACCUGCUGUUCCUUUAUAAUUAGAGCUGUCGAGAGACAAACGAGCCCAGAAAUUUUGUCAUUUACUCUCCUCCGCCCCCCCCCCUUGAUAAAAAAUUACUUCGUGAGCAAAUGAUUAUUAAUUUUAAAAAAUUUAAAUUUAAAAAAAAUAAAAAUUUUUUAAAUGGUUCUUUUUUGGAAUUAUUCAUCGUAAGUAGUACAAAAAUAAAUGCAGCUUCGUUUUCACAAGAGUCUUAAUUCGUACCUGAGGUACAAUUCGAGCCAUAUUUCUUCAACACCAAAACACCUCAUCGAUUCUUCUUCUUCACCACUAGAAAACUAUAAGUAUUACAAUUAACACGUCAUGGAGAUGGUGUGAUUUUUGUAGAAAAGACGACACGCGCGCGUUUAUAGCGUAAAUUACCAUUUUAUAAUUUUUCUCCUCUUUUUUCUCUUUUUUUUCUUUCUUUUGUACUCGUAGAUUUAGAGUUAUUUAUAUUUUUGUGUGUUUUUUUUUUGUACUCGUAUUAUUUUUCAAAAUAAGUAUGUAACGCGCAAAAUAACGCGUACAGCGUUCGCGAUCGCUUCUCUAAACCCGAAGUGAUAUUUAGUUACGAAUUACUAGUCAGUAUAUAUGUUGGAUUGUUGAAGCAAUGCAAUGGCCGGAUUUUGGCGUACAUAGUAUAGAGAAGGUGUAUCUCGGUGUGUACUUAAAAAAAAUUAGGGUGUACUUAAUUUACAUAUUAACUGUGUAUGAAUAUUUCCUAGGUUUAUUUUUCCCCAUUUUUUUAAAUUUUUUUUUUGUUGCAUGGAUUCACAAAUGCACUCGUGUUGAGAUUGUUUUCUAUCUUGAGAGCUGUGUUCUACAUAGCAAUUGCACUGAAAUAGCACUGGAUAUUGAUAGGGAGAAGUAAAUUAUCGAGAUAGGGUCUGGGAAGGGGGAGGGUGGAGUACAUGGUGUUAAAAAAGGGGUUAUUUUUUUCUCAAAAUAUUGCAAUUGUGAUGAGAAGGGACAGAUAUUUUUGGUUUCUCGUCAUUAAUUUUCAAAUGAGGAAACAUUUUCUAAUCUGAAUUAUAUUUAUUAACUCUCGAUUAGAAAAUAGAAAAAAUUAUCAAAAAAUUGCAGAAAUGAAUUUUCCACUUACUAUUUUAUAAACUGAAAUUGUUUUGAUUUGCAACUUGAAUCAAAAUGAACUAAAAGAAGAAAAUGAAAAAAGGGGGGUAAAACUAAAACCAAACUGAAAUCGGAAAAGAAAAAAAAUGAAAACUGAAAAUUGAAAAAUACAAAUUGAAACUUCCAUUUUUCAGUUUUCCCACUCAUGUUUUUAAAAAAUAUUUUGAAUUUUUUCUCUUCAAAAAUGUGUAAAAGUUGAUAAAUUUUUGGAUUAUUAGAACUAACUGCUGCAAUUUUACCAAUUUACUCGUAUUACAUGUAAAAGCUUUAACGACGAUAAAAUGCACAAAAUAAACAUAAUUUCAGCCUAUUUGGCUAAAAGUACGAAAAUUUAAAAGCAUUUACCCUCAAAAAAGCCAAAAAAAGCACUAUUAACUGUCACCAUUUGCCUCAGGAUGAAAUGAAUCGCAAAGGUUUCAAUCAUUAGGUAAUCAUGAAAAUUUGAUUUAAAUCAUCUCUAAACCACAUUUCUCAGUAAUAAAACUCGAAAAAUCGAUUCAAAUAGUGUUUAUAAAAUGGAUGAAUCGAAACGCUCAGUUUCCAGAAAAUCAUAAAAAAAAUUCCAUUAAACUUGUUAAAAUGUUACAGAAUUGCAAGAAACGUUAUCGAAAUUAUUUAAAUCAUCGUAAAAGUGGUCUAAAAAUGAGAGGGGAGAGGAUGAUAAGUACGUAAGUAGUUUUGAAAGUUUCUUGAAGUUAAAAAAUCGUUGAAAUUCGUCCAUCCUCUCCCCCUCCCAUUACAACCAAAAAGUUACUUUUUUUUUCAUAAAUUCUAAGACGUUAUUAUGAAAAAUUUUUAAAGAUGAAUUUUAGGUAUUUUGGAAACUUUUUGCCCUAUUUUGAACAGUCUUGAAAGAUUUUUUCAUUUCACGAUUUUUGCGUUAUUUUUAACCAGUUUUCUUAUGAAUUUAAUUUUUUGAAUGUAUUUUACUCAAAUAUUAUUAUUUUUAAAUCCCAAAAUAAUUCUCCAAAUUUCUUCAUUUUCAAUUUUUGAAAACCAAAAGUGAAACAUAAAUUUAUGUAAUUUGGUUCAUUUCAACUUUCUAUUAAUUUUCAACCAUUUAAAGUACAUAGUAGAAAUUCGUGAGUAAUUUUUUUCGUUAUCUUUUUUUUAAAAAAUAGUAAUUUUAUUGAUCUUUUUUGAGUAAGUACCUAAUAUGUUCACUUCAUAGAUUUCUAUGGAACUUUAUUCUACAAUAAAUUGAAUCGCGAUGUACUGUUUUCUAAACAACUGCCCUUUUUUGAACAAAAUAUAAUUUAAAAAUAUGAGUGGAAGUUCAUACUCGUAUCAUGAUACAAAAAUAAUUAUAGGUACCUGUGCACUAAAAUUCACAUAAUUCUGAAAUCAAAUUAAUCGCUUACGUCAAUUUUAUUUGAAUUAACUUACUUUAUUUUAUGAGGAAAAAAACUUAUUAAAAUUACAAGUAAUUGAAUGUGGUCAGUUUUCAGAUUAAAUUUAAUUAGUUCAUGAAAUUGAAUCUGAAUUUUGCCAUUUUUUACGUUUCAUUUAGUACGGAUUUAUCUGAUUUCACGUACACUUACGUAUUUUGAUAAAAUUAGCAUUGGCAAUGUUUUAAGUGUGACUUCAUUUGAAUUUUAUUUUUCUGAGAAGAAUUGUUAGAAAACGGAGAAGUACAUAAAGAAUUAUGUGAUUUGAUUGACGUUGCUCAUCUGCUGUGGAAAAUUAUCGAUUUUGGAAUUAGAGUGGUAUUUUCUAGCGAUUUGUUUCUCCUUUGAAAGAGAAUGAUGGGAGGGGGGGAUUCAAAACGUGUCCUAUCCAAAUGUCGAUUGCUGGUUCAGUCUGUGCAAUUAAAAAAAACGGAAUGUAUUUUUUUUUAAAUCUCAAAUGAGUGUAAGGAUUUUUCUUUUUCCAUGUUUCUUUUCAUUUCAUGCCAAUAAAAAGUGAGAAAUAGAAGACUCCGAUGAUCGAUAAUUUACUUCUCCUCAUAUCCCAAGAAAUUGGUUAAAAUGAAGCAGACUAUUGAAAUACUUAAUGGGUGCAUUUUUUGAAUUCUUCUGUCUUUAUCUUACACACGUUUACUUACUACAUGAAUAGUAUCGCGUUGAAAAUUUGAAAAAAAAAUACAUUUUGUACAUUUGUGUAUGUAAUAUUGAGAAUCAUCGUACUAUUUAUGGAUUCUACGAGAAAUCUAUGUGAUUAAUGUACGCAUUAUGAGUCGCUUCCGGUUCGCUAUAGUAUGUACUUAUAGUGUUGCUUCGUUUUAUUUUAAUUAUUUGAUAACGAUUGAUUGGAUUAAGCGUAGUCACAAAUUAGAAAUAAUCAUAUCUUUAUUCAUAUCGUAGUUAGUAAGGUCUUCUUCUUGUUUACAUUUUACAUGGCAGAAUUUUUAAAUUUGCUUAUUUCAUGUAACUUAAUUUUUUAAGAGAGAAAAUAUGCAGUACGACGUAGUCGAUGGAUUUUUUUCUUUUUCCGACUGCAUUCUCGAGACAAUAAAAAGAGCUGACGUAGCUACCCAAAUUCGCGCGCAAAAUUCAUGGUCAAAAUUACUCGUUACCAUAUGUGAUCCGAGCUAGAUAGAUACCUAGUCAUAGGCGGACGCAUGGUUUCAUUACCUACUUAAAAACUUAUCCAAAUUUUCUAGUCUAAAUAUAUUAUCUACGUACGUAUAUCUUAAAUGAUGUUAAUACCCAGUAAUGGAUUUCUUUUUGUUUUCGUUUCGAGGGACUUUUUAAUUAAAAAAGAUGAGUUUUGUUGUACUACGGCGCUCAUGUGCUUGAUACCACUGCCUAAUUAGUUGAUUAUGGCUACUAUUGGCCUAUUGAAAUUUUUAUUUUUGUAUUUUCGUAUAUACUGAUACCUUUACCUACCUGUACCUACCUUCCUAUGCCACUAUCGGUUCAGUAUCUUUAUAGAUUUUUAAAAAAUUGUGAACGCUCACACGUCGUUAUUUUAUCGUAUCCUACAUUUUUACGAUUAACUUUCAUUCUCUAGCGUAUUUUGAGAUCUACCGAAGGAAGAUUCGUGUUCUAGGUGCAAUUUCGCUGACUCUUGACUUCUUGUUCUUCUUUUAUUAAGUAUAUUCGUUUUCAAGCACGUAGUCGAUAUGUAUAAAGGAAUUUUGUAAUAUUUUUUUUUUUACGAAAUUUUUAUAUUCCGUAGUAACUCGUUAUUUUAUGGAGCUUUUGGCAUUAACAUCACAUUAACAGUUAUUUUAAUUUUUGUUCGUACUAAAAUACUAUUAUUAUAUCUUUACCGUAUUACUGUAUAAUAAAUUAUAACGAAUUCUG